ACUACGGGGACUGACUGGACGAGGCAGUGGUCGUUACCAAGACUGUCAUCAUGGGGGAUUGGUCCUUCCUGUCUCAAUUGCUGGACAAGGUGCAGUCACACUCCACCAUAACUGGGAAGGUAUGGAUGAGCGUCCUCUUCCUCUUCAGAAUCUUCAUCCUGGCUGCUGGCGUGGACCGAAUAUGGGGAGACGAACAAGCGAACAUGAACUGUAACACCAAAAGCCCUGGAUGCAAGAACGCCUGCUACGAUCGCUCCUUCCCCAUGUCUCACACUCGCUUCUGGGUCCUCCAGAUCCUCAUCGUCUCCACCCCGACGCUCAUGUACCUGGGCCACGUCCUGCUGGUGAUUCGCAGAGAAAACAAGCUGAGGAGACGCGUGGAGCAGAAACUUGGUAAAAAUGGGAUUCUCAAAGCUCCGAAGUACUCCGAUGAACAGGGCAAAGUACAGCUCAAGGGCGUACUGUUGGCCAGCUACGUAAUGCAACUGUUUUCCAAGAUCCUUCUUGAGGUGGGAUUCAUCAUAGGCCAGUACUACCUCUAUGGCUUCAUAUUCAUGCCUCUUAAGAUUUCAUAUUCAGAAUACCCUUGUCCAUCUCCGGUAGACUGCUUCAUCAGUCGCCCCACAGAGAAAAGCACCUUUAUUAUCUUUAUGUUGGUGAUGUCUGUCCUCUCUGUGCUCCUCAACAUCGUAGAGAUGUUCCACCUGAUGGUCUCUAAGAUGCUGGAUAGGAAAAGGAGGGACAGUACUUCAGAGACGUACUCCCUCAGCAAAGUAACCAACAACUCAGCUGAGGGAGUCACAUAUUGCUGAAGGAUGGUGGAGCCUGCCUGCUUCCUCGCUUCUCACCUUGCCUCAAGGUUGUUAGGCAUAUUGAGUGAGGUCACAUCCAGUUUUGUAUUACAUGUAUUUCUAUCACCAACAGUUAUAUGUUCUUUAUUAUAAUUUUUACUUUAGGCUUUGCAUAAAUCAGGUCUGUGGCAAGUAGCAGGAAAGAUUGUUAUUGACCUUUGCUUUUGAAUUGUACUCAAGUGACUGAUGUAAACAUGACAAUAUCUGAUCCAAGAACUUGUGCUUGAGUGAAACUUCCACGCUCAGACUUAAAGCUUGGGAAUCUAUGAAUGCAAGUAAAAAAUAGAGAUUAUGUAUUUUGAAUGUGGAUUGGAUUAGGCUUGGGCGGUGUGUAAUAUUUCAUAUUUUCUUGAAAUUUCACUGGGGUGUGUCCGGCACUAACUACGCCCACACCUCCCAGCCCACUGGCUGCCAGCUGUUUACAGUCCUGUAACUCCUCCCUUUAGUACCUGGUCCACCAGUAGAGACCAUAGUUUAAAAACAAUGUCACAGUCAUUUUGAAAAAGUACUACUAGCAAGCCAUUGCACGUGUUAAUUUGAACACUAGAUAAUUGAUUACUUGUUAAUAAAAAUAAUUACCUCAGUUAACAGUGACAAACCUUUUAAGACGUAUGAUGGAGAAAGAGCUUUUGUAAUAUAUAUAACUGUCAAGUAUUAUUGGGUAGUCAUUUUAAGAGAAUUGCUUUUAUGGCAAAUGUUUUCUAUGGUCUAGAGACACUGAUUUUCAUGCUUUGUAAAUUGUUGAAAACUUUAGAUUUACUUGUUGAUGUGAUAGGUUAAACAUUGUUGUAUUCAUUUCUGUCUAGUUUUGUGUUUUUGCAUGUAGGGUUGUGUAUGUUUGUAUAUGUUUUUUUUAUGUUUUUAUCAAAAUUAAAAUAAAAAAAGAAAGAAAACUAGGUAUUUA